CCAGAAUCCCAACCCCAUAUAAAACCCGUCCUGGCCCUCCUCAAAAAAUCGCUUUUGAUGGUUAGUUUGAAAGAAAGACGGGAGGCAGAAAGAAGAAGAAGAAGAAGAAGAAGAUCAACCUGCUAUUUUUGUGAAGGAUGCCGAGCAGAUUUCAGGGGGCGAUCAAGCAGGAAUGGGAGCCGGUGGUGCUGCAAAAGUCUAGACCCAAGGCUCAAGACCUGAGGGACCCCAAGGCGGUGAACCAAGCUUUGAGAACAGGUGGUCAGGUGCAAACAUUCAAAAAAGCGGAUGCCGGAGCAAAUAAGAAGGCAGCCCCCCCUGCUGUAAAUGCAAGAAAGCUGGACGAAGCUGAGGAGCCUGCGGCUUUGGGGCGGGUAUCGACGGAGGUGAGGCAGGCCAUACAAAAGGCGAGAAUUGAGAAAAAGAUGAGCCAAGCUGAGCUAGCGAAGCAAAUUAACGAGCGACCUCAGGUGGUUCAGGAGUACGAGAAUGGGAAGGCUGUGCCUAAUCAGGCUGUAUUGGCUAAGGUGGAGAGAGUCUUGGGGGUUAAGCUUAGGGGAUUAAGAAAAUAAAUGGCAUAAAUAUAGGCUGAAUGUUAAUGAAGUUUUGUAAAUGAACAAUCUGUCACCUUAGGUUGAUAUUUGUCGUUGAGAAUUUCAACCGUUGGAUGUUAAUUACUAUUAUUGUUGUUAUGUCGGACGGUGAUGUUUCUUGCUUACCUUAAGCAUUUACUCAGCCGACAAAUGAUGCAUGUUUAUUUUAUU